UACUGAUAUUCAGAUAUUAAACUCGAGCCAAAUUUUUCUGUACAUUGUACAGUUCUAACUAAAUUAAGUAUUCAAGUACAUAAAUUUAAAUAAGUAAUAAAUUACUUUUUAUUAUUUCAUUUAAGUUUUAAAAAAAGUAAAUUGGUCUUGUCAUUGUAAUCGGUAAAGAAAAGUAUAAUAAGUGAAGUGGUGUCACAUAAGUUUAUUCAUUUUAACAACAAUGGUUGCAAUUUGUCGCUUGUGUGCUUCACUCAAGAAAUCAGAAACGCUUACGUUUAUUCGAGACAAAAACCAUGAUUUAUGUACGAAAUUGCUUAAGUGCUGCCAAUUUGAGAUGGAUUUAAAUGAUGGUUUGCCUCGAGGUGUGUGUCCAGAAUGUGUUCGGAAUUUGAAUGUUUCUUUCGAAUUCUACGUGAGGGUUCACGACUCUCAACAAUCAUUGGAAAAACUUUUGAAUAUUCAACAAAAAGUCCAUGUUUCUGAAAACAUUACUGCUCCAGAACAGGAAAAACUUCUUGAAGAACGAAAAUCUUAUGAUUUGAUAGCUUCAACCGCUGCGUCUUUAAAGAAUCAAUCAAUUAUAGGAAAAGAUAUACCACAACUUGAUUCUAAUGAUAUUGAUCCUCUCACAAAUUCGGAGUUUUCAAAAAACGGAGAUGGAAACGAUGAUAAUGGAGUAAAAGCACAAAAUGAUUCAAGGACUCCAAUAUGCUUAGAAAAUAUUGAUACUGAAAACGAAGAAAAAGAAGAAACCUACGAAUUUCUCAUAUCCGACGAAGAUGUUAUACAAGACACAAAGAUUGAGGAACUUAUGAUCGCCAGUGACUGCGAUGUUGAAACAAAAUCAGAUUACGGAGCAGAGGAUUUCAAUUUCGAUAACGAAGAGAUCGAAAUAAUUGAAGUUGAAGGAAAUAAUGAAAGUAAACAGGAACAGGACAAAGGUAUUGAUGUUGAGGAAUCAUCGAAUUGUUCGUCAUAUUAUGAGUCGAAAGAUGUGUAUCUUCAGGACGAUACUGAUUCGUCUCACUUUAUUUCAGCAAAUCAAAUGAACAUCUCGACGUGGUCAAACUACCCUUGGAAAUGCGUUUACUGUGCCCAAGUUUUUUUUACUGCUCAAGAGCUUGUUGAGCAUUAUGAUAAAGUUGAGCUUAAGGUAGCUUUAUGGACUUGUGUAGAUUGCCUUAAAGAUUUCCCACGGUACUAUAGCUUAAUUAACCACGUACGCCAACGGCACCGUCAACAGUUGAUGUUGCUAUGUGACCUUUGCAAUGUGAGCUUUGAUUCAUUCAGAGAGUUGAAUAACCAUCGACAAUCUAAACACAAUAAUGUGAAUUUUAAAAUGCUCCUUUGCUCAAAAUGUGGCAAAGGUUUUAAUAAUACAAACUCACUUCAUAUUCAUUCGAAAUGUCAUCUGCCAGGUGAAAUGCGAUUGGUAUACGGUUGCAAUUUAUGUGACAAAAAAUUUACGAGUUCAUCCAAUUUGAAAUUUCAUCAGAAAAUGCAUGCAGGUAUGAAAGAUUUCGUCUGUGACCAAUGCGGAAAAAAAUUCAUUCAAAGAUCUAAUUUGGAAGAACACUUGGUGUCUCAUGUCGAAUUAACUCCUUACGAAUGUGACUUAUGUAAAAAACGUUUUAAAACAUGUGAGCGUUUGUCCAAGCACAAAACACGUCAUACGGAUGACAAACCCUUCAAAUGUAAUUUAGAUGGAUGUGACAAGACCUUUCGAACAAAGGAUGCCAUGAAUUCACAUGGCAGGAUUCACACUGGGGAGAUGCCUUUUGAGUGCGAAUUUUGUCAGAAACCAUUUCGCUUUAGAAGUACUUUAUUGACACAUCAUAAUACCCACACGGGAGUCAGACCCUACUCGUGUGAUGAUUGCAAUCAUCAAUUCACCAACUGGCCGAACUAUAAUAAACAUAUGAAACGACGCCACGGACUGGAUCUCUCUAGUUCAAAUCCACGCGGAAAAAAACCAAGUGUGGUAAAAAAAACAAUCAAUAAAAAAACAAGAAAUCCUACAAAUAGCACCAACAAUCAUGACGACGAGUCGUUGCAUCAGGAAGUUUGCUACGAAAAUUAUGUUGAAGAAGGAAACGAGCACGAAAGUGAACUGAAAGAAUUCGAACUAGAACAUUUUGAUGUCGAAUUUCAAUAAGAGGAUCAUAUGUAUAGAUAUCGAUCAUAUAUCGAUCGAUACAUUCUCUUAAGAAUGUAUUAAGCGACAUUUCUAAAAUUGUUCAGGAAACGCAAAAAACAAAAUUAUUCCAGUGAGGAAAUGUAUGGGUUGAACAGUUUUAUUUCAUCUUCAGUUUCAUUUGCAUACAUGAUAGAAUGGGGGAACUGCAUUAUCAUACCUCUAUUUGACGUCCACGUAAACGUCAAUUUAAAAAAAAAAAAUGGCGACGAAAUAAGUUUAAAGAAAAAAAUAUUUUUUUGUGUUCCCUUGCAUAGAAAAAAUAAAAACAACCAAUUAUAUGUAUGGGCUCAGUUAUAGCUAUCAGUAAAAUCCAUCAGUAAAAAUUUUGUUUUGCUAUUUUGAAUACAUUAAUCUUAUAUUUUGUGGAAAAUUUUGAUGAAAUAAAUUGAAAAUAUAUUUCCACUAAUUUUUUCAAAAAGAAUUAAUGCAUUUUGUGUUAAAUUUUAUACACAAAUUCAUUUUAUAAAUUUUACUGAUGAAAUUUCAUUUUACUGAACAGCUGACUGCCAAAUGCCAAAAAAAAUUCCAUUUCGUUUUACUGAUGACGUUCCAUUUUUUUACUGUUCCGGUGCCAUCAUUAAAAAAAUUACUGAUGAAAUCAACAGUAAAAAAAUUGCUUGAGGCACGAAUGUCAAAUAAACAUUUAAUUUAAUGACGUAAAUUUACUGAUUGCUAUAAACGCUCAUCAGUAAAAGAUUUCAGAUUCCUGAUGUUUCAAUUUUUACUGAUGGAUUUUACUGAUAGCUAUAACUGAGGCCUAUAUGAACAAAUACUUAAAAAUUUA